AUUCAAGUGUUGAGGGGCGGAAGUUUACGAUUUAAAAUAGUUGCUUACUUGACCACUAUAUCGUCCUCACUCGUUUUCGCCCUAACCCCAAAUCUGACUCCAAAUCUACAGUUAAAUCCAGUUUUUCAUCAUUUCAUAAACCCUAAUUCAUAUCGGAACAUCCUUCAGUUCAUCCCAUUUCCACAAGAUCACUUCAACUCAUGAACAAUGGCAGAGCCUGUAUCUAGGUCAAAAACAUCUAAUAACAACCAAACUGAUCUCUUCCCCUUUCCUGGUUUUACAAUCAAUAACAAAACUGAUGUUGAAGAUCAUACUCCUCUCACCAAGAUUCCAUAUGCUUCUGCUAUGAAACAUCCUGAUUCUGCUAAAGAAAGCUCGAGUAGUGCUACCACAAAAACCCCUCCAGUUGAGCCAUCUGUAUCCCCUGAAAUCCAAUCCAGUUUGUAUCGAUCUGUUCAUGUUUCAGGAGCUGCACCUUCUACAUGUUAUGCUGCUGGACAUGUGAUUUCUGGUGUCACUGACAGAAGAAAAUGCAAAGCUAGAGGGAUUCUUUCAGCUGGAAGAAGUAAACCCCCUGAACAUGACAUUUUUGAAAAAACUAGUCCUUCUUUGAUGAUACCUUUUCCUACUGAAGCUUCAAUUAGUUGGCAUUUAUCACCAAUUUAUGUAGACAACAAUGACAAUGAUGAUGAUGAUGAUGAUGUUGGAAAAGGCAAUUACUCAAAAGGGUUGUCCUCAAUUUCUCCUUGUGACACUGUUCAUGAUACACCACAAGAAGAGAGAAUAUUAUCAUUGGAUUUCAAUGGAGAAUGUUCUCCAUUUUCAGCUGAGUUUUUGAGUAGUGGGAAUGUUAUGCAAACUCCAAACUCAGAUUCAAGCUUUGAAGGUGUUCAAUUGAAAUAUAAGUUUGAAGCUGAACUUGAUCAGGUGAAAGAGAAAGAUGUUCUUGAACAUGAAAGGUUAACUCCUAAAGGUAACUUAUCACCAUGGGACCCACCUAGGUUAAGUUCUGAGUUUUCAGAUCUAUCCCCACUUUCCAAUCCUGCAAACAUUAGUCAUGAGUCAUGGAUUUCCAACUCAACUUUGUCAGAAUCACAGAUGCGUGUAUCUUGGAGAGAUGAAGUCACUUUUAAUAAAGAUGAUUUAGAUUGCUGUAGAUUGUUGUCAGAUGAAGAAAUUGAUGAGAAUGGAUUGUUGAAGUCUCCUAAGUUUUUUGAGCAUCAUGGAAAGGAGAAAGAAAGUUUAUUUCCUACUCGAAUCAAUCCUUGUGAGGAGUCUAUAUGCACUCAUGAUGGUGGAUUGACUAUAUCUGUUGACUCAGACUUUUGAGCUUUAACAAUUGCCUUCCAUUUUUAUGUUCUUAAUUAUUUACAUAUCAUCUUUUCAUCUAGAUUAUUAGCAUGUUGUAUUGAUAAACAAGAAUGAGAAUUGCUUCAAAAAUGUAAACAAAGUCAAGUUUCAUUUGAUCA